CAGUGUGUAGACACCUUCAACUUUUAGCUAACGUGUCCAAAUUCACGCAAGCCCCGAGGGGGGCGGAGCCACUCGAACGGAGAAGAGAUGGGUUAGAGCAAUCAGUCCAAUGCCACGCCAGCACCUGCUCGGCCACGGCGGGGAAGGGUUGGGGCAGGGGAGGAGGGGCGGGGCUUGUUCUCGAGUCUGCGCCACUGCUGCCGCCGGGACCUCGGCUGUUCCUGGGUUUCCCAGAGGGGUCUGCGCAAGCGCGAGCCCACGGCGUCUCCAGGGUCCCGGCUGCUAUGCAGCCUCGGGGGUCCGAGGGCCGGGGCCGUGGCCCAUCGGUGCUGUUCGUCCACCCGGACUUCGGCGUGGGCGGCGCGGAGCGUCUGGUGCUGGACGCAGCCUUGGCGUUGCAGUCUCGCGGCUGCCGCGUCCAGGUAUGGACGGCGCACUAUGACCCAAGUCACUGCUUCUCGGAGAGCCGCGAGCUGCAGGUGCACUGCGCCGGCGACUGGCUGCCCCGAAGCCUGGGCUGGGGCGGGCGCGGCGCGGCGCUGUGCGCCUACCUGCGCAUGGUCUACCUGGCGCUCUACAUCCUCCUGCUGAGCGGCGAGGAGAUGGACGUGAUCGUGUGCGACCAGGUAUCUGCAUGUAUCCCAGUGUUUAGACUGGCCAGACAUCGGAAGAAGAUUCUGUUUUACUGUCAUUUUCCUGAUUUACUUCUCACUCAGAGAAAUUCUUUUCUUAAACGACUCUACCGAGCCCCUCUUGAUUGGGUGGAAGAAUAUACUACUGGCAUGGCAGAUUGCAUUGUGGUCAAUAGCUCCUUCACGGCUGGUGUUUUUAAGAACACCUUCAAGUCCCUAGCACAUGUAAAUCCGGAUGUCCUCUACCCUUCUUUGAAUGUCAGCAGCUUUGACAACACAGUGCCUACAGAUCUCGAUAACUUAAUUCCUAAAGGAAAGAAGUUUGUGUUUCUUUCAAUCAACAGAUAUGAAAGGAAGAAAAAUCUAACUCUAGCUUUAGAAGCAUUACUUGAACUACGUGGGAGAUUAGACCUUCAGGAUUGGGAAAAGAUUCAUCUAAUAAUGGCUGGUGGUUAUGAUGAACGAGUCCUGGAAAAUGUAGAGUAUUACGAAGAACUGAAGAAUACAGCCAACCAGUUUGACCUUAGCCACCAUGUCACAUUCCUUAGGUCUUUUUCAGACAUGCAAAAAAUCUCUCUUCUCCAUAACUGUACUUGUGUGCUUUACACACCGAGCAAUGAACAUUUUGGUAUAGUUCCCGUGGAAGCCAUGUACAUGCAGUGUCCUGUCAUUGCCGUCAAUUCAGGUGGACCUCUGGAAUCUAUUGUAGAUAAUGUAACAGGGUUUUUGUGUGAACCUGAUCCAGCAAAAUUUUCUAAAGCAAUGGAAAAGUUUAUCAGAGAUCCUUCCUUAAAAACUACAAUGGGGUCAGCAGGAAGAGCCAGAGUGAAGGAAAAAUUUUCAUUAGAAGCUUUUACAGAUCAGCUGUACCAAUACAUAAGUAAAUUGACAGAAUAAUUAAUCAUUUUAAAAGCUUUUCUACAUGCAACUAGGUGGAACAGAGGUUUUAAGUACUGGAUUUGGAGUCAGAUAGACCUGAGUUUGAAUCCUGCCUCAGUUACUAGUUGUGUGACCCUGAGCAACUCAUGUAACCUCUUUUACCCUCAGUUUCCUCAUUUGUAAAAUAGGCAUAAUAAUAGCACCUACCUCGAAGUAACAAAUGUAAAGCACUUUGCAAACCCCAAAGUACCAUAUAAAUGGUUCUUACUAGAUUACUGUGAGAUCGGCAUGGGGCAGCUAGGUGAUGCAGUGGAUAGAGCACCAGCCCUGAAUUCGGGAGAUUAGCUAAACUAAUUGACAAAAAAAAAAUCCAGAAUUUAUCUGGUGCAGAGUGUAUUCAUCAUAUAUUGAAAAUAACAGACUUAGGUCUAAGCCUCCUUAUCCUCUAAACAUUUUUAAAAGAAAAAAAACCGAGUUGUUAUGUUAUUACUGUCUUUAAAAUAUGAAGAUAUAAAAUCUGAAAAAAUUUCAUAACAUUGUAAUUAUCUUGUCUUUCUUAUUUGUAAUUCCUUAGCUAUAAUUAGAACAGUAUACAAGAUUACAUCUUAAAUCAUAAAAUAUCAGCACUAAUAUUUAGUACUUCUACAUUAAAAAUAUUCAGUCAGUUUUACGUGGUCUAUCAUACUUAAGGAAAAAUGUAUGUAUUUUUUGGAAAAGAUUAUUACAUUAUAAACAAUGAUAUUUUUGUAUAUUGUUUUUGCUUACCAAAAGGUGAAAGCAAAUAUCUGUAAAGAAAACAAAAUCAUAUUUCAGAAUCAUUUUUAUUUUCUAAUUUAGGGCUGUAUUUUUCAGUAUUGCCAAUAAAGGAAACACCUUAGUACCAAAACUUGAAAUGACACAGUUUGAAAAUCAUAAAGGAGAUACUCGCCAUAUAACCUACAAUCUGCUUCACAUUUUUUAUAUAUCUAACAAAGCCUAUUAAAAGAUGAAAAUAAGUAUUUAAUAUUAUCUACAAAGGCACCUAGAUAAAAAAGAAAAAUUAGAUCUCAGUAAAAAGAAAGUAUUAAUUUAGCAAACAUUUUGUACCUACUAUGUGCAAAGCACUUUAUGGGUGUGGGAGGAAAUACUUCAGUGGAUCCGUGAUCUCAUCCUUGGUAAGCAUUUCUUCCAGUAGGUAGAUUACUACUAUGCCAUAGCCACUCAUCCUGGGUGAUUCUUAACUGUGUCUUUCAGUAAGUUGAGAAUCUAUUCAAUGUAUUAUAGGCUUUCCUCUUGUUCUUUUUCAUUCCUGAUGCAUCACUUAGGUUGUCCAUCUUUUUUUCAGUCUUGUCACAUUAUUGGCCAACCUUUUCUUGUCCUGCAUGCCCUUGGUAUUAUGACCUUUAUGCCAUUUAUCAGAUGCAUGUUGUCACUUAUGACAUCUUGCAAUGUGUUUGCACUCACCAUCAGUCCUAUUAUUUUUCUGUGAUGCUGGUAUCAUAUGAUUCACAACUAGAUAAUAUCGUUGAGUGAAAAACUACUGAAAAAUCCUGGGCUCUUGUGGCAGCAAGUAGUUUAGGAUUAUUGAAAUUGCCAUGUAUUUUUCCAAAUGAGAUGUAUUCUGAUAAUCAAUUCUCAGUUCAAUUCAUUUUCCUGGAUAUAUGUAUGGAUAAACUAAUACAAAGGGGCUGCAAGGUAUGGUUGUUAGUUUACUAGAUUUAGAAUCAAGAAAAUUUUAGUUCAUAUCACUGUUUUGUGAUCCGCAGUAAAUCUCUUAACAUCUUUGGGCCUCACUUCCCAUAUGUAAAAUGAGGGUAUUAGACUCUGAGCAUUGAGGUCUUUUACCUGUAAAUCUAUGACACUGAACUGCUCAUCCUUAUUCAUGUCAUAAUCUAUUCUUUAUCACUUUGUUUUUCCAGUGAAAAUGACUAGGGCAAUCUCCUUUGAGCAGACUCUUAUCUAGAAUGUCUACGGAAUAGCAUAUGAUCUUAGCACGUGAUAAACACCUUAUUUGAGGAGAACUGUUAAACUGGAAUUUUGCUCUGCCAAGAUGGAGGACUUCCUGCCAAGUUGGUUGCCUGAAUGGGAGGCAGACAACCCUACUCCUAUGUAAUUACUCAAGCAGAAUCCUGAAGUUCACACCAGGAAUGAUGAUCAA